GCCCUGCAUCAUCGUCUUCGCUCUCUUCUUUCUUAGUCUCAGCUGCAGAAAUUUCAGCAGAUUCUCUGCAAUCUUUCCUUCUUGUAAUUUCUCAAAUCAAUUAUCUUCCUCUCCGAAAGAACCCCUUUUCUUCCCUUUGGAAAUCUCCUCUUCUUCUGCUAGAACAGGGCUCCCCUGUUUUGCAUCCCUUCCUGCCUUUUCUACUCGAAGGAAAUCUCUGUUUUAUUCUCUGAGAUCGGAUUCUGCAAUGGCAAGCCAAUCUAAGAAGCCCCAAGGAUCGAUUCAUGAAUUCAUCGUCAAGGAUGCAAGGGGAAACGAUGUGGAUCUUAGCACUUACAAGGGAAAGGCCCUCUUGAUUGUGAAUGUUGCAUCUCAAUGUGGGUUGACCAAUUCAAAUUACACGGAGCUUAGCCAGUUAUACGAGAAGUACAAAAAUCAAGAUUUUGAAAUAUUGGCAUUCCCAUGCAAUCAGUUUGGUUCACAGGAGCCAGGAAACAAUGAGCAAAUCUUGGAGUUUGCUUGCACCCGCUUCAAAGCCGAAUACCCCAUAUUCGACAAGGUUGAUGUAAACGGGGACAAUGCGGCUCCCGUGUACAAGUUCUUGAAGGCAAGCAAAGGUGGUCUCUUUGGGGACAGCAUCAAGUGGAAUUUCUCUAAGUUCCUUGUGGACAAGGAUGGACAUGUGGUGGACCGCUACGCUCCCACAACUUCCCCUCUCAGCAUUGAGAAGGACUUAAAGAAGCUACUUGGGGCUGCUUAGAAGAGUCAUAUAAAAGCAGCUAUGAUAGUAGAUUGUUACUCUGAUGAGGGAUGUAAUGACUUUAAAAAAAAUAUAUUAUUAUUACUAAAGAUGUUUGUAGUAGAUCAUUCCUCAUCUGAUGAGGAACGUGAUGACCCUCUUUUUUAUCAUAUUUUCUUUUGAAUGUACAUUUGUAGUUUUCUAUCUAAGAAUAUGUAUGUUUUAGCUACAUGUAUCUUUUGGGGACUAUAUGGUUUUCCAAUUUCCUAUGAAAUGGCCUAUUUGAGCUAUCAUUUUCA